AUGUUUGUUAUUCAUAUUAAAUUAUCUAACGGUCAAUUCGAACGUGUUUCACCACCAAUAUUUUCAGAUCUUAUCGAAGCAAUUUUCGGUAUUCGUUCAGAUGAAAUUGAUCGUUUUUUUCCAAACCAACUUUGCGAAAGAGAUUGUCAAAUGAUAUUUAUCCGACUUAAUGAAAAAGUGGAAAAGCGUGACUUACGUAUAACAUGCAAUGGUAAAAACCUUAGUGAUAAGGAUUUUCAAAUCGCGAAAACAAUUUUAUCUUUUGAAUCACCUGCAUGUAUUCAAGAUAAAAACAAUCUUCAUGUACAGUCGAUGUCCCCAAUAAGAACAGACUUUUUAGAGGUGUCAGUAAUUUGCUUUUUUACUGAUCAAAUUUUUAAAAUUAUAAAGUUUUUUUACAUUUCUGGGUGUAGAAAUGUUUGCUGCAUCGAAUGAUGCAAAAAAUAUUUUAUUAUCUCGUAAAUUAAACCUAUAAUUAGCGGUAUUUUACGAGUAAUUGAAUUUGUUCUUAUUAGGAUCUCUGUUCCUAGUAAGAACAGACCAUAUAAAAUAUAUGGGAAAAAAAAGUUUUUUAGUAAACGAACUUUUUCUAAUUUGAACUUGAAAAUAUCGAUAUAUUUCUGAGACAAAAAGUUUUUGUUAUUAAUCAUGGAGUUAAGAUUUCAAGGUUCAGAUUUUUUUGAUUUAUAAUAGCAGAGUUAUUAAAUUUUAAAAAAUAACUCGUCUGUUCUUGUUAGGAACGCUGUGCCCAAUAAGAACAACCAGCGAAAACAUGUUCCUAAUAAGAACAACCUAUAUAAAUUACACAGAAAAAAAAUGUUUUUUAGUAAAUAAACUUUUUCCCUAUUUAAACUUGAAAACUUUUUCAUGUGUCCACAUAAAAAAAUCUUUGUCCAUUAAUGAUACAUUAACUUCCAACGGUUCAACUCGAAAGCAUCUAUCCUGUGAUGAGUCUGAUAAUAUCAACGUUAGCGUUGGAUAUUUUAUUUUCGAUUGCACUCUAAAAAAGAUUUUCGAAAGCGAUUUUGGUUGGCUCGAUUCCUUUAUAGAUUUCUUUCGUUAGAUAAAAUAGAAUCACAACAAUAAACUACUGAAAUUAAUUUAUAUCGCAUUAAAAAUUAUUUUAUUUUCAAUUGGCAGUAUUGUGUUGAAUUACACUCUUAUCAGAUCGCACUUAUUCAAGUAUUUAGACACAUCAUAUUGAUAUAGUGGAGAAUCAUGAGAAGAGCAAAUUUGUCUAAAGAAUAUUCCACAAAAGCUAUUGAUGAACGUAGUAAGAGUGCAUAUUAUCUGCAA